CAUCAGUCUUCUUCUGUUUGAAGUUUUUCUAAACAGGAAAACAGCUCAGAUCGAGGAAGAGGUAGCGGGCAGCGACAUCCGCAAAUUCUCUUUCCUUAUUAAGCUGAGCUAUCAUUGGGAACUUCAUGUCGACGUCGGGAAGUGGCGUUUCAUGGAUAGAAUGGUUCUGCAGUACGAGAGGAAACGAGUUUUUCUGUGAGAUUGAUGAGGACUAUAUCGGAGAUAAUUUUAAUCUUACUGGUUUGAGUGACUUUGUCCCAAAAAUUCGUGAAGCACUUGAUAAGAUUCUCGAUUUGGAACCUGAGGAGUCAAUAGAUGACACCAGCGGAGAUCAAGAGCAAAUUGAACGUUUCGCUGAAAGACUUUAUGGGCUGAUACACGCACGGUUCAUUCUUACAAACAGGGGGCUGUCCUUGAUGCUCAAGAAAUGGCAAGAUGGCGAUUUUGGCACUUGCCCUCGUGUAUUUUGUUACGAUCAUCCGCUCCUGCCCGUUGGAACUUCCGAUGUUCCCGGUACAGAUAAGGUAAAGAUGUUCUGCACAUCCUGUAGAGACAUAUACCAUCCCAAGCACACCCGACACCAAGCUAUCGAUGGUGCAUAUUUUGGAACAUCCUUCCCCGAAAUGUUUCUCAUGGUCUAUCCCGAACUCCGACGCCCUAAACCGCAGCGUUAUGAGCCCAGAUUAUUUGGAUUCAAGAUUUCCCCAGAUAAGCUCUAUCUUCCGGAUGCAAACGAGUGAUAUACUUCAUUCAAAUUUUUGUGCAUUUUUAUCUCGUGCUCACUCUCAAAUGGCAGAGACUGUGAUGAAAUGUGUGUACAGCUUUUAUGAUACAGCAAAGAUGUCUUUUUGAUCACAC